CUUGUAGAUAUUCAACAACCACACCCCUGCGCAGCCAUGGCAUAUGCGAAUUGGAUACACUCAUCGGCCCUCUUUCACGCUGCCUUCCCAACUAGUAGCCGUCGGAGGGAUACUCUUUCGUCAAGCUUCCGUCCAGCCACUUCCUCCGAUGGCCGGCCGAUAUUCUCUUCAAAUUACCAAUACAAACCUCCAGCCGUCGCCGUCCAAGCUCAGGCCAAGCGAGGCUUCUCCCUGAAAAAGGAAGAGGAAACAGCUUCAGCGGCUGAUAUGCAGUUUGAAGCUCCGCUCAAGAUUGUGCUGUAUCCAGACCCUAUACUGAGGGCAAAGAACAAGCCCGUUGCUACAUUCGAUGAGAACUUGAAGAAAUUAGUAGACGAAAUGUUUGAUGUAAUGUACAAGAGUUGUUGGCUUCCUUGUCCACAGAACUGAUGGAAUCGGGCUCUCAGCACCCCAAGUUGGAAUUAAUGUUCAACUUAUGGUGUUUAAUCCGGUUGGUGAGCGAGGUGAAGGAGAAGAAAUUGUUCUUGUAAAUCCACGUGUCACAAGAUAUUCUAAAAAGUUGGCUCCUUUUACAGAAGGAUGCUUAUCUUUUCCAGGCAUCAAUGCUGAUGUGGUGAGGCCAGAAGCUGUUAAGGUUGAUGCGCAAGACAUAACCGGUGAAAAGUUUUCAGUUGGCUUAUCAGGCCUCCCUGCACGGGUUUUUCAACAUGAAUUUGAUCAUUUAGAGGGUGUUCUCUUCUUUGACAGAAUGACUGCACAAGUUGUUGAUAGCAUUCGUACACAACUACAGGAGCUGGAACAAAAGUAUGAGGAUAGGACCGGAUUGUCAAGCCCUGAAAAGAUAGAAACCCGCAAAAGAUGGAAGGCGGCUGCUGGAUUUGGACGAUCUUGAUUCGAUUGUCGCCAUUAUGGUAGUAGUGUUUGUAUACUUGAUACUAGUUUUUCAUUUUAGGCA